AUGUUCAUGUCAAGACAACCGGUAUUGGAAUCCUGCUUGCUUCAACGGCUGCACGUGCGUACACGCUAUCGGAUGCUCUCCCGCUUUACGUCUCCCCCAGCCCAAUUGCAAGUCCUCCCCAGUGUUACGCGUUGCUGGGGUGCCCGUGUCUACUCCUGCCUUGGUCCUCGACGCUCCUUUGCACCACCACCAUCGUCUCCAUUAACGCCAUUUCUACCAGCUCGCUCGAUAAGCAGUCGCGUCAAGUACCCAACCCUCACUAUGCUCUCGCCUCCCAGAAGCCCUUGUCCAAAAUCCAAAGUCCUAGUUCUCGGGAGUGGGAACUUUGGUAGCUGCCUCGCUGACCAUCUCGGCGACUCUGAGCACCAAGUCUAUCUCUGGUCGCGCAAGCAAGAGUUUGUCGACUAUUUCAAUGCUCACCACCGCAACCCCGACUAUCUCAAGGACCAUGAGUUUUCGGGCAACAUCCAUGCCGUUGGUCCUGACAUACCAGAUGCCGACUUUAUCAAGGACAUGGAUGUUAUUCUUUUUGCCAUACCCACUCAAGCACUUAGAGAAAACUUGAUCAAGCUCCGACCUAACCUCAUACUAGACCGGCAACCCCUCCUGAUCUUCGUUAACAAAGGUAUCGAGACGGACACUCAGGCGCUCACGCUGGAAAUCAUCGCGGACACGUGCGGUCCUGAGAUCGCGACACGCGCGACCUUCAUAUCCGGCCCUUCCUUUGCAAAAGAGAUCGUCCGAAGACAGCCGACAUCCGUGUCUGUCGCAUCGCUGGACGAGUCACAAGCGCAGAGGGCGACAGAGAUCUUCCAUCAGCCAUGGUUCCGGUGUUAUACCGGCGGAGACCCUAUCGGGUUGGAGCUGGCCGGAGCAUUGAAAAACGUGUAUGCCAUCGCGGCUGGGAUGGCUGAUGGUCUCGGCUUCGAGAGCAAUACGCGAGCUGCCAUAAUCACGCGCGGUCUUGCCGAGAUGACGCGGAUUGGGACUGCUUAUGGUGCCUCCCCGUUGACGUUCCUCGGUCUUGCGGGUGUGGGCGACUUGUUCAUGACAUGCAGUUCGCCGACGAGUCGAAACUAUACGGUAGGAUACCGACUAGGCAAAGGUGAGAAGUUGGAGGAUAUCAUCGCGACGCUCGGGAGUGUGGCCGAAGGUGUUACGACGGCCAAGGGACUGAAGAAGAUAAUCGAUGAGCUGGGCGUCGAAGCCGCGAUUGCGACCGGGAUCUACGAAGUGCUGUACGAAGGAAAGGCGGUCAAUGACAAUGUGCACGAGCUGAUGGCGCGCCCUCCUUCACGCGAGCUGGAUCUCCCGCAAACGUCUGGCGGCGGUCAUGCCGGUCGUCUGUUAGCAAAGUUGGGGCGUCAAACGUGA